AUGACCUGGAUACCACACAUCCAGGACAUCAAAAUUAGAACAGUGACAAUAGCGAAGCAAAUGCGAUUAUUUCAUGGCCACAAAUGGGGCCUCAAUCCUCAUAUUCAGAAGGUUCUCUUCACCACAGUGGUGGAAAAGAUAGUCACUUAUGCAGCAGCAGGAUGGGCUCACCCAAUGCAAAGCAGGAAAAUUAAACACCUUUCUACCAUUCAAAGACCCUUUGCAUUAGGUAUCACCAGAGCCUACCGCACGACCUCUUCAGAUGCGAUCAACGUGCUGGAUGGCCUCCUUCUCCUACACAUCCGUGUCGAAGAGGAGGCAGCAAGACAAAUCGUCCUGCAGCUUAAAAGACCUGUCACCUUUGACGAAGAAUAUUUUAAUCCAGAGGACUAUGAAGCUAAAUGCUGCCCUCUGAAAAUCCAUCCAGCAGCCAAAGGCACCGGAAUAAGCAUAAUUACCAAUCCAACUACGGCCCACCGUCCAGCACAGAUUACCAUCUUCACUGACGGGUCGAAGAUAGACGAAAACGUCGGAAGUGCCUAUGUGGUCAUGCUGCAAGAUACAGUCAUAGAUCAAUGGAAGGGUCAACUAAGGCAAUUUAAUAGCGUUUUUCAGGGAGAAGCAGUGGCAAUUGCGCAAGCAAUCCGCUACCUGCAAUCCCACCACUCCCGCAACGCUACAAUAAAGACAGACAGUCUUUCUUCGCUAUACGCAAUAGGAAACCUUGACCACCCAUCCGAUAUUAUUCAGGGAAUACAGGAAGAUCUGCGAAAAAUUCCCAACUCCAUACAAGACUUGAAUGGAUCAAAGCGCAUGCCGGCCACCACGGCAAUGAGUUGGCUGACCAUCUAG